AUGUGUGAAGUGCAGGACAAUGGCUCCACUGUUCUCACGGCUGACAUGGAUUUUGAGGUCUACACAUUCACAGUUGACACAGGGACUGGCGGAGUGAGUACUAACCUGAUCUGUUCCGUCUCUGAAGUCACUGAGACAGUCAGACUGGUCUGGAUGGGAAAUGACAGCAAAACAUUCAUUACAGAAAAAACACUGAAGGCAGAGAUUCAGGAAGAGAAAUCAUUGAGCCUGAGUGUUCAGGGAGCUGAUGGGGGGACCUGGACAUGUGUUCUGUUUCAUCAAAACAGCCCCAGGGUCAUAAUCCCCUAUUAUCUGGAGCCCAGUGAAAAUAAAGGCUCUUCAAAUAUCAGUAUCUUCCUUUAUGUUAGCGUUCUGAUGGUCCUCUUCUUUAUUUUACUGGUAUCGGUGGUUCUGGUUGUAAUAAAGCUCAAGGCUUCGGGUUCGGCAAACAAAAGGCAGGAGGUUCAACAGCAAGGAGAAUACCUGGACGAUGGAUCAUUACUUUACUCAAAUGUCCAAUAUGUACAAGCAUCUAAAAGUGCAACAAAUUCAAGCAACUUUGACGAAUACGCAACUCUCAGUCAACGAGAACCCAAGCCAUCAGCGAAUGCUGAAACUCAUAACCCAGCAGAAAUGAAGAGUGAAGAGAUCCACUAUGCAUCUGUCACCUUUCAAGUUAAAUCAGGUUCCAACAGCAAGAAGCGAUUCAACAGUGAAGAGCCCAGUGCUAACUUCGGUACUUCAGACGAGGAGCCUUGUGUUAUUUAUGCAAGUGUAACAAAUGGAACUCAGGAUUGACAUGAGGCUGGAGAAAGGGUAUCUGGAACAUGGCAGCCACGGGAAUUGAAAUCAUGAAGAAGGCCCUUUGGCCCAUCUGGUGUUAUCCCUCUAGAAAACCCUUCUGACCAUCCUGUGUUUUUUUUCUAACUGAAUCCGGAAUCCUCAUCUCAACCACCUCAUCCACCCUUCCUGGCAUCCUAUUCUAGUCGAUCGAGGGAAAUUUUGGUGUCUGACCUGAAAUUGCCCUUUGCAAUUCUAAGCCCAUGUCCUCUUGCUUUA